AUGGACAUUCACCGCUGCCGCUUCGUUUCUUAUAACCCUCAAGCGAUCAAUGCGCUCGCAUUCUCCCACCCUCCGUCUGCAGAACUUGCGGGACGUGGUGUCCCUACCCUCCGACUCGCGGUUGGUCGCGCAAAUGGUGAUAUAGAAAUUUGGAAUCCACUGCGCGGCGCAUGGUUUCAGGAGACAGUUCUCCGUGGAGGAAAGGAUAGAAGCAUAGAAGGACUUACCUGGACACUCGAUCCGCCUGAGUCUGGUCCCGAUGGUUCAAAGAUCCCCGGAAAACUGCGCUUGUUCAGUAUCGGAUAUUCGACUGCGGUAACUGAAUGGGAUAUCGAACAAGGCCGUCCCCUGCGUCACUCAAGUGGGAAUUAUGGUGAGAUUUGGUGCAUAGCGGCUCAGCCAAGAUGGCAGCCUACGAAACGGGGCAAGGAUGGCAAGUGGCUGCCUCCAGCGGAAGGAGAGUACACCGGACAACACCUCGCCGCGGGAUGCGCGGAUGGAUCUAUCGUGAUCUUGUCUACGGCCGACAAUGAUGUCAGGUUCCUUCGUCUUAUGCGACCUUCUACAAAGAGAGCCAGGGUGCUUAGUGUCACCUUCCAAGAUCGUAACACUAUCGUGGCCGGCUAUGCGGACAGCUCAAUCCGUCUGUUUGAUAUUCGGAAUGGUCAACUCCUGCGAACAAUUUCUUUGGGCAAGGGACCGACGGGUGGUACGAAGGAAUUGCUGGUCUGGUCUGUGAAGUGCCUUCCCGACGGCACUAUUGUAUCUGGCGACUCUGCUGGUGAAGUUCGUUUCUGGGACGGCAAGAAUUACUCGCUUAUCCAACGACUCAAUUGUCACGUGGCUGAUACUUUGGACAUCGCUGUGAGUGCCAAUGGAGACACAGUUGUUAGUGGAGGUGCGGACCAAAGAACAGUCGUCUACAAAAAGAAAGCUGGGGAGAAGGGCGAUAAGAAAGGCCGAUGGGUGGAAGUGAUGCACCGACGGUACCAUACCCACGACGUGAAGACCUUUGCUGUCUAUGAGACGAGGGACAUUAGUGUUGUUGUAUCUGGAGGACCUGACGCCACCCCGGUUGUCUUACCUUUACGUGAGUUCGGAAAAGAGCACCACAGAAAGCUAUCGAGUCUGCCUCAAAUACCACAGCUUGCGUCUUCGCCUUCAUCUCGACUGGUCAUGAGCUUCUGGGAUAGAGAGAUUAGCAUCUGGCGCCUGUUCCGCGGCCCCACAUCGUUGCAAGACAACCUUGAUGGACAAAGGCACCGGUUGGUUGGAAAGGUCCUGAUCCAGGGCGAAGAGAAUAUCACCUCAGCUAUGCUAUCUUCCGACGGAAAGAUCUUAGUCGUUGCUACGAUAUCCGGCGUCAAAGUGUUUUCUGUUCGGCGGCGCAAAGGUGAUGAGAAAGGAACCCUCCGCAUACAAAAGCUUGAUAUCCCAUCUGCACUCGCCAAUGACGGAGCUCGAGUCGUUACCGUUUCCCCCGAUAGUCGGUGGAUCUGCGUCGUUCGUCCCAAUAGUGCUACCUACUUGGCCAGGAUCAAGCCUGCUUCAUCGCCUCAGGAGAAACCCCAGGUCCUAACCCAACUCGUUAAACUUAACAGAGCUACUCGUCAUGCUCGCUUUGAGAAGGCUUCCCAUGGUACCUUGGGUGAGUACGAAAAGACCAUCCGAUGCGCCGUGUUCUCUGAAAACAGCAAGAUCUUUGCAGUCGGAGAUCUUUCUGGGUGUGUGGAUGCCUGGUCGCUGGAGACAGCUGAGUCAAAGACCUCGGCGAAAGCCAAUGCUGCCGAAGACUCCGAUGAUGAUUCCGAUGAUGAGGAUGAACAGCCAGUGGUGGAGGGUGAGCGUUGGACUCUCACAGCCGCUGAAUCGCCAAUUCCUCGUCUCAAGUCCGGCGUACUACUGUUGUCCUUCCGUCCUCUGAACUCGGCCGGAAAGAAGUUAUUGACCGACGAUGCGGGUCAGGAUUCUAAGGUUGAAAGCCGGUUGAUGGCCCUUACGAGUGAGCACCAACUGGUGGAAGUUGAUGCUCUUGAUGGAAAAUUGUCGGACUGGUCAAGGAGAAACCCCAAAGCCUUCUUACCCGAAGAGUUUAGAGGUGUAAAAGAUCGCGCGAUGGGCUGUGUUUGGGAUUUGAACGAGGCCCGUGAACGUCUCUGGCUCUACGGUACCUCUUGGCUGUGGAUGUUCGACUUGAACCAAGAUUUUCCGUCUCCAGAAGAGCUGAGUGCUUCGGCAGACACUCAUGAUGAUGGACAAAAUUCUAUGCAGGUUGCGAAGAAGUCUUCAUCCCAAAAGCGCAAGCGUGGACUUCUGGAUGAUGAGGAGAAUGACAGAAAGAAGCCGAAUACCGGUGCCGGUGACAAGAUUCCAUUAGCACAGUCUGACGUUUUCCCUGGUUCCAAGAUUCGCAAGAUCGUAGGAAGCGACGAGUCGAAGGCUGAAUUGAUCUCUCUUGAGAAAGAGUGUCCUCGUGGGGCAGAUGAAGAUGAUGAAGCAUACGAUCACGAUGAAGCUUAUACAGCCAGCCAUGAUUCUAACCUAGCUCGCCUACGAAGAGGAAACCUCGAAGGUAGCGUCAGCACCCCCAAGAAGCAGCUUAACAAGACCGCUGUCAAUGGCGACACGCCCUCUCAGAAACAGCUGGUGCAGGCCGCGGAUAACUCACAUUCGGCACGUCGUUGGUGGCACACAUACAAGUACCGUGAUAUCCUGGGAAUUGUACCCUUGAACUCUCAGGCAACAGAUGAAGAAUCACAGGAACAAGAAGAUAGUGGUAACUUAGAAGUCGCAGUUGUGGAGCGGCCCAUGUGGGACGUUGAGCUUCCGGGUCGCUAUGUUAGGGACUAUGAGUGA